GUUGCGCCGCCGCGGAUGCAGGCGCUGGCCCGGCGCCAGCGGCAUCGGCGCGGGUUGCAUCAGACGAGACGCUCCGCUCGGUGUCGGCCGUGCGGCCGCAAGAUGCUGCGGAGAGCCCCUCGGCUGCUGCGGACCAUCUGCACCACGGCUGCGGCUUAUCAACAUAAGCUAAAGCUAGCCCUUAUAGGCCAAAGUAUUUUUGGACAAGAAGUUUAUAACAAGCUGAGAAAAGAGGGACAUAAAGUUGUGGGUGUAUUCACUGUGCCUGACAAGAAUGGACAAGCUGAUCCUUUGGCACUGGCAGCAGAGAAGGACGGCACUCCUGUUUUUAAGUUCCCCAAAUGGAGAGCUAAAGGCAAGCCUAUCCAGGAAGUUGUUGCAGCCUACAAAUCUGUUGGAGCAGAGUUAAAUGUCCUUCCAUUCUGUACACAGUUUAUCCCCAUGGAUGUUAUUGACUGCCCAAAACAUGGCUCUAUUAUUUACCAUCCAUCCAUCCUACCACGCCACCGAGGAGCUUCUGCAAUCAACUGGACUUUAAUUCAAGGAGAUAAGAAAGCAGGAUUUACUAUUUUUUGGGCUGAUGAUGGUUUGGACACUGGACCAAUACUUCUGCAGCGAGAAUGUGAUGUUGGCCAAAAUGAUACCGUGGAUGACCUAUAUAACAGGUUUCUCUUCCCAGAAGGAAUAAAGGCUAUGGUAGAAGCUGUACAUCUAAUUGCUGAUGGUAAGGCCCCUCGUAUACCUCAGCCUAAAGAAGGGGCAACAUAUGAAGGGAUCCAGAAAAAGGAAAAUGCAGAGAUCUCCUGGGACCAACCUGCAGCAGCUUUGCACAAUUGGAUUCGAGGGCAUGAUAAAGUGCCUGGAGCAUGGACAACAAUAAAUGGACAGGUGGUUACUUUUUAUGGAUCAUCAUUACUUGAUGCUUCAGUGCCUGCUGGACAAGAGCUGACAAUAAAAGGUGCUUCAAGACCAGGCCUUGUGACAAAGAAUGGCCUUGUUGUUUUUGGAAAUGAUGGGAAGAUGGUACUAGUAAGAAAUCUGCAGUUUGAGGAUGGAAAAAUGAUCCCUGCAUCUAAAUACUUCUCUGCUGAUGAAACAGCUGCCCUGGAACUUACAGAAGAGGAGAAAAAGAUUGCAGAAGAUAUCAGAGCUAUUUGGAAGGGCAUUUUAAGCAAUGUUGCUGUGAUUGAGGAUUCCACAGACUUCUUCAAAUCUGGAGCAUCCUCUAUGCACGUUGUCAGAAUGCUAGAAGAGAUCAAACAGAAGCAUAGUGGACUUCAGCUACAGAAUGAAGACGUGUAUAUGGCCACUAAGUUUGCAGACUUUAUUCAGAUGGCUGUCAGAAAACUCAGAGGAGAAGACAAAGAGGAAGAGUUAGUCAUUGAUUAUGUUUCAAAAAAUAUGAACAACAUGACUGUGAAUAUGCCAUACCAAUGUUUCAUAAAUGGGAAAUUUAUAAAUUCUGAUGAUGGAAAAACAUAUGACACUAUAAAUCCAGCAGAUGGAUCAGUAAUAGCCAGUGUUUCUUCUGCCUCACUGGCUGAUGUUGACAAGGCAGUGGCAGCAGCAAAGGAGGCAUUUGAGGAUGGUGAAUGGGGAAGGAUGAAUGCAAGGGAAAGAGGGCGACUCAUGUACAGACUUGCAGACCUGAUGGAAGAACACCAAGAAGAGUUAGCAACAAUAGAGUCUAUUGACUCAGGAGCUGUCUACACUUUAGCUCUGAAGACUCAUAUUGGAAUGUCUGUGCAAACAUUCAGAUACUUUGCUGGAUGGUGUGACAAAAUUCAGGGCGCUACAAUUCCAAUUAACCAGGCCCGGCCAAACCAUAAUCUAACAUUCACCAAGAAAGAGCCAAUUGGUGUCUGUGCAAUUAUUAUCCCCUGGAAUUACCCACUGAUGAUGCUUGCAUGGAAGAGCGCAGCAUGCUUGGCUGCAGGCAACACCCUCGUACUCAAACCAGCUCAGGUCACACCUCUGACUUCCUUGAAGUUUGCAGAACUCUCAGCUAAAGCUGGAUUUCCCAAGGGUGUUAUAAAUAUUCUUCCUGGUUCAGGUGGCUUAGUGGGACAGCACCUCUCUGAACAUCCAGAUGUUCGCAAAGUUGGAUUCACUGGCUCAACACCAACUGGUAAACAGAUCAUGAAGAGUGCAGCUGCUAACCUGAAGAAAGUUUCUCUUGAACUUGGUGGCAAAUCACCCUUGAUCAUAUUCAGUGACUGUGAACUUGACAGAGCUGUAAAAAUGGGUAUGGGAGCAGUCUAUUUCAACAAAGGAGAAAACUGCAUUGCAGCUGGCAGGCUGUUUGUGGAAGAAUCAAUUCAUGAUGAGUUUGUUAGAAAAGUGGUUGAAGAAAUUAAAAAGAUGAAAAUUGGUGACCCACUUGACAGAUCUACAGAUCAUGGUCCGCAAAAUCACAAGGCACAUUUGGAAAAGCUGCUGCAAUACUGUGAAACUGGAGUAAAAGAAGGAGCCACGCUGGUGUAUGGAGGAAGACAAGUACAUAGACCAGGUUUCUUCAUGGAACCCACUGUGUUCACAGAUGUUGAAGACCAUAUGUAUAUUGCCCAGGAAGAAUCCUUUGGUCCUGUGAUGGUCAUCUCUAAAUUUAAAAAUGGGGAUGUCGAUGGAGUAUUGCGACGGGCAAAUGCCACAGAAUAUGGCUUAGCUUCAGGAGUUUUCACAAAAGACAUAAACAAAGCUCUCUACAUCAGUGAAAAACUAGAAGCUGGGACAGUUUUUAUUAACACGUACAACAAAACUGAUGUGGCAGCACCAUUUGGUGGAUUUAAGCUGUCUGGCUUUGGGAAAGAUUUAGGUGAAGAAGCUCUUCAUGAAUAUCUCAGAACCAAAGCCAUCACUGUGGAAUAUUAAAGUAGCAGCUUCACUUGAGAAAUAGACUUUCAGCAGAGUUUGAAUCUUGAUGACUACAUGAAGCACUUAAUACCACACCUAGGAUAUGCUGUCUGCAGUGCUACAACCAAAAAGAACAAAACAAAAUACUCAUUCUAUGGAUAAGUUUCUAUAAAUUGGGUCUAAAUUUUAGUCUGAUAGACAAUGGCUUUUGGAAAUCACCCUGAAGUUAUUUAAAUUAUGUAGCAGCAACAGUUAGUAGCACAAUUUCCCCCUAACCCCACUCCCCCUCCCCAAGAAUACAGUUCAGUUUCUUUUUGUUAAAUAGAACUGAAGAGUAAGUUCUCACAUACCUGCUUCAUAUUUCUGUUACAUGUUUACAUUAUCAUUUUAAAUCCUUAAUUAUUAGUCUUCUAAAGCUGAACUAAAAUAUACUGAUGAUGCCAUUUUUGCUAUAAACCAGUUCAGGUUUUACGGUAGCAAUUAAACACUCUGCUCUGGUGACUUUUCAGCAGUACAGAAAACCUUUGUGCCAUAAGAAGUAAAUCAAUGCAAGGAAGUGCACUUACUAUGAUCUUUGUAUAGUAAUACAGAGUUCAAUAUUGGUGUUAAACUAUGCAUAUCAAGCUAAAGUUACUGAAAAUAUUUUCUACCUUUUUGUUGAUACAGAAUGUGUGAUCUGCCUGCAAUUUGAAAGGUGGUUACAUUAAUGGAUUAAAAUCACUUUUUGUGUCUGUGCA